AAAAAGAGAGAGAGAGAAGGAGAGAGAGAGAGAGAGAGAAAAAGAAAAGUGUGCGUGGGGGAAGGCGGCGGCUCGACGCAGUUCCACAUAGGCCCCGCCCUCAAUGCAAAAGAGCUAUCCCAGACGUCAUCUGCAGCCAAUGGGAGGCGGGUACGGUGAGCUCAUCGGGCCGGCGGAAGGUAUAAAGUGACCUCCCCGAGGAAGGCGAGCGUCUUGAAGCCGUGCGGAAGAAAGGCGGUGAGGUUUGCCUCUCGGCGUCGUAGUCUAACAAAGCGCUGCCCGGGAAGAAGCCUGACGCUCCUCCUCCUCACGUCGGGCGCGCAACUGGGGGCCCUCCCCUGUCCCACAUACCCGAGCGCUUCGCCGUGGUGACCAUAGGUGGCUACCUCCCCUCCGCAGCCUGCGGGGGGGAAGAGGAUGGAAAUACCUUUCUACCAUGACGAUGUGUUGAUUGCUCUGGCAGCAUCGACGACAGCGCCUUCCUUUCGAAGCGGCACCGGCCUCCACCAGCCUCUUUUCGACGGCACCAUGAUGAAAAAAGACGGCUUAGUCUUGGCAUUGAGCGAUCAGGUGGUGUCUGGCCUGAAGGCGCCCUCGGGCCAUGCCGCCAAUGCCCCUUCCGCGCAGCAGCACCAGCCGCCGCCGCCGCCGCCAGGGGAAAACCAGACGCUUCUGACUUCCCCAGAUCUGGGCCUUCUUAAGUUGGCCUCACCGGAGCUGGAGCGCCUGAUCAUCCAGUCGAACGGCUUGGUGACGACGACGCCGACCAGCGGCGGCACCCAGUUCCACUUUCCCAAAGGCGGCGGCGGAGGCGGCGCCCCCGACGAGCAGGAGUUUGCUGCGGGCUUUGUGAAAGCCUUGGAGGACCUGCACAACCAGAACCAGCUGGGGGGCGCGGGCCCGGUUGGCGGGGAGCUGCCGCCAGCAGCCAGCCUGGCCCAGCAGCAGCAGCAGCAACAGCAGCCCCCCCUGCCGCCGUCCGCCGAGCCUCCGGUGUACGCCAACCUAAGCACGUUCUCCAGCGCAGCCAGCUUUUCGUCCGAGGGAGCUUACCAGGCGCACCCUCGGCUGCAGCCGCCCCCCUCGCUCAAGGACGAGCCUCAGAUCGUGCCGGAGGUGGCGAACUUCGGCGACAGCCCGCCGCUGUCGCCCAUCGACAUGGACACGCAGGAGCGCAUCAAGGCCGAGCGCAAGCGGCUGCGCAACCGCAUCGCCGCCUCCAAGUGUCGGCGGCGGAAGCUGGAGCGCAUCUCCCGCCUGGAAGAAAAAGUCAAGAGCCUCAAGACCCAGAACACCGAACUGGCCUCGACGGCCAACCUCCUCCGGGAGCAGGUGGCGCAGCUCAAGCAGAAAGUGCUCAGCCACGUCAACAGCGGCUGCCAGCUCCUACCGCAGCAGCAGCAGCAGCCGCCCCACCAGGUCCCGGCCUACUGAAGGGCCCCUCGGCAGGGAAGGAGUUAGCUCGCUACUCGGGGACCCGAGGCCCUCCGCCGACGCGCCUCGAUGACCCGCCAGAGGGGGCCCCAUCUUCACCAAGCGCGCCCCUCCGCUUCCAUCCCGAAGUGCAACCUGCGAA